AUGGCUGUCUCUCAGACGGUUGAGACAGAGGAACUGAACACCUGCCUUUACAUUGAACUCUAUAACCCUGACCAGGCGUCCCAGCCCCUAUAUGCCUUUCUACCUCUCAACCGCCGGCAGACGCACGAGGCUGAGGACCCGUUGAGGUUUGGUCGCGAUGGAGCGGCCUGCACUUUUGGCCUGAAUGACCCCCGGGUCUCUAGAAAGCAAUUCUCUGUGCAGGCAUAUCGCCUGCCUGGCAGCCCACGCAUGCUCUUUGCCCUCCAGAACAUGAGUCAGAAAAGUCGGAUGACAGUCGGCGGAAAACAGCUAGGAUACCUGGAGCGGGUGGAGCUGGAUGACAAAGCUCUGGUUCGGUUUGGGAAAUAUGAGCUGCUCUUACGGGUCGAGCCCGGCGAUGGACAAGCCCGUUUUGAAGUGUUGCUCCAGACCCGGCAUACGCCUCUGUCUCGGGAGAUGGGCGUGGACGUGCAGUGCAGGCAGCCUGUGAUGGACGCCGGGAUCAUUUCCCCCCACCAGGAUAAGGAAACACUGACCCGGGAGCCCUCGGAGUCAGAUGACACGUGGUGA